AUGAAGAUCACAGCUAUCUUUGCAGCACUCGCUGUGCGAGCCGCUGCCGUCGGUGUCACCGGCGCCGCAGAGGGUUUCGCCAAGGGCGUCACUGGUGGUGGCUCUGCCACCCCUGUCUACCCCAGCACCACAGCCGAGCUGGUCUCGUACCUGGGUGACUCUUCCCCUCGCGUGAUUGUUCUCUCCAAGACUUUCGACUUCACCGGCACUGAGGGAACUACCACCGGCACUGGCUGCGCUCCUUGGGGUACUGCCUCUGCUUGUCAGCUUGCCAUCAACCAGAACAACUGGUGCAAAAACUACGAGCCGAAUGCGCCCUCCGCCUCUGUCAAAUAUGACAACGCCGGUACCCUCGGCAUAACCGUCAAGUCCAACAAGUCCAUCGUCGGCUCCGGCAGCGCCGGUGUCAUCAAGGGCAAGGGUCUCCGUAUCGUCAGCGGCGCGAACAACGUCAUCAUCCAGAACAUCGCCAUCACCGACAUCAAUCCCAAGUACGUCUGGGGCGGUGACGCCAUCACCAUCAACAACGCUGACAUGGUCUGGAUCGACCACGUCACCACUGCCCGUAUCUCUCGCCAGCACAUCGUGCUCGGCACCGAGGCCUCCAAGCGCGUCACUAUCUCCAACAGCUACAUCAACGGUGCCAGCGACUACUCCGCUACCUGUAACGGAUACCACUACUGGGGCGUCUACCUCGAUGGAUCCAGCGAUCUCGUUACCAUGAAGGGUAACUACAUCUACCACACCAGUGGACGUGCGCCCAAGGUUCAGGGCAACACCCUUCUGCACGCUGUCAACAACUACUGGUUCGACAACUCCGGCCACGCCUUCGAGAUCGGCGCUGGCGGCUACGUUCUCGCUGAGGGUAACGUGUUCCAGAACAUCGUUGCUGUUGUCGAGACUCCUAUUGCUGGACAGCUGUUCUCCUCGCCCGAUAGCAACACCAACGCUGUCUGCAGCUCUCACCUCGGCCGUUCCUGCCAGCUCAAUGGAUUCGGAUCUUCCGGAACCUUCAGUGGCCGCGCUGAUACUGGAUUCUUGGCCAACUUUGCUGGAAAGAACAUUGCUUCUGCUGCGGCUUACACUUCCGUUGUUGCCAGUGUUAAUGCUAACGCCGGUCAGGGUAAGCUUUGA